GAAGACAGAGAGGGGGAGAGAAAGACAGACACCUGCAGACCUGCUUCACCACUUGCGAAGCAGCACCCCCUGCAGAAGGGGAGCCGGGGCUUGAACUGGGAUCCUUGAGCUAGUCCUUGCGCUUGGCGCCAUGUGCGUUUAACCCGAUGAGCUAACACCUGCCCCCAUGUAGUUAACUUUUCAUAAGUUAAAAUGAAAAAAAAGAAAAAGGAACUCAGGAAUUAUUCCAGUUUUCUAUGCAAUUUAGGUAUGAAACAUCAACAUUUCUAUGCGGAGAAGAAAAAUUCUGUAAUCUUUCAGGAGGAAAAAAAGUCAGGAAAAAGAAAAGUUUGAAAGUACAAUUGCAUUCUGAAAGAACUGAGACUGCCUCCACUUCUGUGACAUUUUCAAAGGUGACGAGUAAAAAGGAAAGCCUUUUGUGCAAGUUGGCAGAUCGGCACAACAUCCACAAGACUCUCUCACCCCUUCAUCCAUCUUCCUCAAAUAUUUGGAAAAAGAAAGACACUUCUAGUCUUUAUGAAACAAUAUAUGAUAAUAUACCUCUUGGACAGUUAAAGUUGCAGCAAUUUAAUGAUAAUGCACUUCAGAAAGCCUGUACAAUUUUUCGUAAAAUUCGGAGAGGUAAAAUUUAUAUAAAUGAUCUGCCAAUGAUCCAUCACAUCUUAAAGGUUCCUGUAAGUGAUUCAGAAAUGCGAAUGGCCCUAAAGGUGAUCGAUAUUGAUGCUAAUGGGACACUGGAUUUUUCAGAUUAUCUUAAUGCUCUGAGUGCUGUUUGCCGUUUUAUUCCUCAAGAUCCAGCAUUCCAGGAUACCUUGAAGAUGUUCAGUGGGAUAAAAAAUGGGCGUGUUUUAGCUGAUGAAGUGGCUGCUGCUUUGGAAAGCAUGGAUAUUCCUGUAAACCUUGGAACUUUACAGGAAGUGAUGAAAUACACUCAUAUUGACAGUAACAACAUGGUGGAUAUUGGGGAUAUCAUAUUAACGUUGGAUGAACUACUGAGGGAUUACGAGGAUAUCUUUAUGGUAGAGUCUCCUUUGGAUGAAACUACUUCAAACAGAAAAAUAUUAAAUUUUCCACAUCAUAGGAAAAAAGCCACCUUAUCUCCUGUACAGUCUGAAUUAUUUUUCCCAAAGUUAAGUGAAAAAGACUUCCAAUAUCGCAGAGUUAUGGAUAAGAAAGAUGACCUUAAAUUUCAAAGAUCAAAAAAGAGUUUACAAGUAAGAAAAGACCUGGAUGAGGCUGACAGUAGUGGUAGAGGGAUCCAGGAGCCACACCCAAAGGCUGGUGUAGACCUCAAGAAAAGUCUGGAGAAAAUUGAGACUCAUGACUCAAAAUUAGAACCACAAAACCUGAAGAUUAUUACAAGGCCGAAGACAUCUCUGGAUAAAAGUGCUACUUUCACUAUCACAGAACUUCAAAAACCACAUGUGCGAAGUCAACCUACCCUCCCCAAACAAGUUCCAUCUAAGGAGAAGCCUGCAAUUAGUGCUCUGGAAAAUGUCUAUGAAACUAUCCAUAAGCUCCAAGAAAGCUGCAUUGCUGAGGAAAAGCUUCAGUCCACUCUGCCUUCAGUAGGAGUCACUUUCUCAGAUAAAGGUUUCCAGAAGGUUGUGACAGACACUGCUAGAGACGAAAGAGGAUGGGUGAAAUUAGAUGACUUUAUGAUUGCUUUAUCCAAAGAACAAAAUCUUCCUGAAUAUCUUGUGUUGACUGGUGUCAUUAAAGCCACUGAUAACAUUAAAGAUGAAAAAGUUGAUCUUGCAGAUCUGAAUACUUGUCUUCAGAAUGUUGGAAUUUAUCUUUCUAAGCCAGAAUUUGAGAAGAUCAUGGAGUGUAUUGAACCUGAUGAGACAAAUAAAGUGAAUUUUAAAGAUUUCAUUGACGCCAUGGUUAGCAACACAGAACGCUUCUCUGAAAAAUUAUUAUUGCCUGAUAUUAUUGAAAACCUUCAUAAUCUCAGCAAAGAGGACGUGAAUGUUUCUGACCUGUGGAACACACUAUCUAGUUUGAAUCACAAUUUAAAAAAAGAUGAAUUCCUAGCUGCACUGGAGUUAGCAGCAGUUGGUGAAGGUGACAAAGUACGAGUUAAACAACUUGCAGAUGUAGUAAAAGAUAUGUGUGAUACCUCUAGGCUAGACGAAUUACAGAAAGUUGUCUCAGCAGUUGAUUUGCUUGAAGACAACAUGGUAUCUGAGAAGAACUUGGAACAUUUUCUAAGAAAUAUUGGAGUUAAAUCACCUGAAAAAGAGGUAGAGAAAAUUCUUCAGUCAGAUUUUGUUUCAGAAGAUGGUAUGGUGAAUGUUAAAGAUUGUAUGAAGGUUUUGAGGGACACCCAGAAAAAUUCCAAUUUUAUUGCACUGAAUGAAGUCAUUGAUACAUUGGACAACAUGAAAAAAAACAGUCAGUUUGAUAAGAGUAAAUAUAUAGAUGUAUUUGCAAACACUGGUGGAAUUAAUUUCACUGAUGAUUCUUUUCAAGGAAAACUGGAUGAUUACUUACAGGAUUUAAGGAAAGAGGCUUUGUCUCCAAAUCUGAAAUUACCAACGGCAGAUGAUAUAAGAGAAGUUAUUAAUAUCUUGUCACAAGUUGAUAAUGACAAGAUUAAUAUACCUAACUUGAAGCAUGUCAUUGAAAGUUUGAAUGUUAACUUAACUGAAGAGGAUUUAAAUGAAGCCCUUCAACAUUGUGAUAUCAAUGAUAAACAAGAGGUGGAUUUCAAAGAUUUCUUAAAUGUAAUUAAAAAAAAUUCACAUUUCAAAGAGUCCAUAACUACACAGCUACUCUUAGCUGUUGUUCAAAUUCUCCAGAAUGAUUUAAUUGAUGUCUCUAACCUCAAGUCACUAUUGAUUAAUGAAGACCUUCCUGUAGCCUGUGCUUUACUUAAGGAAGUGUUAAAAAAUGUACCUGAAAAUGAAAAUGCCAAGAUUAACAUUCAAGACUUUAGGAUUCAGCUUGAAAAUACACUGAUAACUCUUAAAGUUGAAGGAGAUAAAGAUCACUUUUACAAUAUCAGUAUUCACAGAGAUGACCCUACAGCCAUUUCUAAGCUUCAGAAAAAUUUAAGUGCUAUAGGAAUCUAUCUACCAGAUGAGAAAAUAAAGGAGACUUUGGAUAAUACUAAUGUGAAUGAUGAGGAGGUGAUCUUUAAGGAUUUUAUCAAAGAAUUGGCCAAUACCAAUGAAUUUAUUGAAUGCCAAAGAAUAGACGAUGCAUGCAACAUUAUAAAUAAUGUCUCUGAUGGAAAAGUUAAAGUCAAAGAUCUUUCAUCUGUCUUGGAGAACCUGGAGAGACCUUUAAAUAAAGAACAACUGGAGGUGUUACUGGACUCUACAACAGAUGAUGAAGGCAAAGUGAACUUAAAACAUGUAAUUGACGUCUUCAUGGACUCACCUAGAUCUUCAGCGCCAUUAAGUAAUUUGUAUGAAGAAAUGAAAACUCUUGAUAAGAUUAGAAAUGAUAAGAUGCCUGUAGAUGAACUGAGAGCCCAACUCUUGAAUAUUGGAGUCCCAUUAAGCACCAAGACUUUCCAGGAAAUUCUGAGUCAAGCCUCUGUUGAUGAAAAUAGUGACGUAAGUCUCAAACAAAUUUUGGAGACUUUGAAUACAAGUAAGCCAGUUCCUGCAUCUAAAGAUAUAGACACUGCCCUUAAUACUGUCAAUUUGAUGACCACUGACAGAAUUCACGUUGAUGAUUUAAAAGAUGCUUUGGAUCACCUCAAUGUUUCUGUAAAGCCUGAAGAACACCAGAUGUUAGAGGAAAUAUUUGAUGUUGAUGAAAAGGGAGAUGUUUCCUUAAUGAGCGUACUUUUAGCAUUGAAGAAUAAUAGGCGAUUUCAAGAUUUUAGAGAUGUUAAUGAAUUUGUAAAGAUCUUACCCAAAGUCGCCAAUGAGAGAGCUGAUGUUUAUGAUAUAAAAUGUAUACUUAAUGGCCUGGGGAUUAGUAUUCCAGAGGAAGACUUGGAGAAGGUGCUUGCAUCCACUUAUGUUGAUAAUGAAGGGAAAGUAGACUUAAAAGAUUGUCUGACUAAUUUGUUGCAAACUUCACACUUUAUAAAAGUUCCAGAACUAGAAGGCCCCAUGAAAACUCUGACCUCUAUUAGGAAAAAUUUAGUCAAUGCUGAUGACCUACCCUCCUUGAUGAAAAAUGUGGGAGCUCCAUUAUCACAAGAUGUGAUUCAAGAAGCACUGAAAAAUAUGCCUCUAUUGGAGGAUGGGAAAGUGAACUUAGAAGAGUUUAUGACCAAUUUGAUCAAUUUAGGAUAUUCAUCUCUACCUAAAAGGGAUGACAGCAAAUUAGAUAUUUUUCCCAGUAAGGAGAGAAUAGAGAUGACAGAAGGAAAGGUUGAUAUUAACAAUGUGGAUGCUGUUCUGAAAAACAUGGAUGUGAAACUUACAGAAGAAGAGAAGCAGGAUCUACUAGAGUACCUUUCAGCUACUGGUUCAAUGCUCUGUAACUCCUCCAAGCCACACAUGACCCUACUACUACAUCCAAAAAUUUCUUUCUUUUUUGUCCUCUCUCUCUGGGACCUGAUCAUGCUGGAGUUCAGAGCCCUCUUAUCCUCUUCCUUCUAUCACUUCUUCCCCACUGAGAGAGAGCAUGGAUCAAGUUGUUUUAGGAGUGCAGAAGGUGAUGAAUAUACAGAUAUGAAAACAUUGAUAGCAACUGCAAAGAUGCUUAAGGGAGAAGUGAUUGAUAUAAAAGAACUGGAUGACAUACUGAAAAACAUGGGGGUAGAACUCAACAAAGAAGAACUUGAAAUGCUGAAAAGAAGCCUUCCAGCUGAUGAUAAAGAGAAGAUGUGUUUGAAAACAUUGAUGGAUACAGUACAAGUUGUUACAGGGGGAGAAAUUGACCUUCGUGAUGUGGGUCCCACAAUAAGAGAUAUGGGAAUAAACCUCACACCAAGACAACAGCUGGAGCUAGACAAGUUACUUUCAGCUAAUGCUACAGCUAAUGGAAAGACAUACAGGAAUAGGUUGCUGAGUUGUGUGACAGCUGUAAGAGAGUUGCCAGUUAAUGGUAAUGGCCUUGACACUAUUCUUGAGAACAUGGCAAUCAAACUUUCAGGUGGAGAGCUUGACAAAGCCUCAGACGGGGUUAUAAACACUACAGGUCAGGAAACACUGGGAAAAAAAUCAGUUGAUGGAGGAAAAGUCAAGAGAAGUAGAGUCAACAGUUUUCUAGAAAACGUGGGAGUAAAGCUCACAGAAAAGGAGCUUGAGAAGCUAAUGGAAGACCUACCAUUUAGUGAUAAAGAAGAAGUUGAUCUUGAUAAGUUGAUGGAUGGAGUAGCAGCUGUUACAGGUAAAGAAGUUGAUCUUGAUAUGCUUAUGGGUGGAGUACAAGCAGUUACAGGAGAAAAGAUUGAUAGGCAGUCCGUACCGGAUUUUGUGAGCCACAUGGGUAUUGCACUAACAGACAGUGAACAGCAGCAGCUGCUAAGAACACUGCCAGUUGAUGCUUCUGGGAAGAUCAGCCAAACCUCACUCAGAGAAUCCCUGAAGUCAUUCAAAGGAGGAAAAGUCAAGAGAAGUAGAGUCAACAGUUUUCUAGAAAAUGUGGGAGUAAAGCUCACAGAAAAGGAGCUUGAGAAGCUAAUGGAAGACCUACCAUUUAGUGAUAAAGAAGAAGUUGAUCUUGAUAAGUUGAUGGAUGCAGUAAAAGCUGUUACAGAUAAAGAAGAAGUUGAUCUUGAUAAGUUGGUGGGUGGAAUACAAGCAGUUACAGGAGAAAAGAUCGAUAGGCAGUCUGUACCGGAUUUUGUGAGCCACAUGGGUAUUGCACUAACAGACAGUGAACAGCAGCAGCUGCUAAGAACACUGCCAGUUGAUGCUUCUGGGAAGAUCAGCCAAACUUCACUCAGAGAAUCCCUGAAGUCAUUCAAAGGAGGAAAAGUCAAGAGAAGUAGAGUCAACAGUUUUCUAGAAAACGUGGGAGUAAAGCUCACAGAAAAGGAGCUUGAGAAGCUAAUGGAAGACCUACCAUUUAGUGAUAAAGAAGAAGUUGAUCUUGAUAAGUUGAUGGAUGCAGUAAAAGCUGUUACAGGAGAAAAGAUCGAUAGGCAGUCCGUACCGGAUUUUGUGAGCCACAUGGGUAUUGCACUAACAGACAGUGAACAACAGCCGCCGCUAAGAACACUGCCAGUUGAUGCUUCUGGGAUGAUCAGUCAAACUUCACUCAGGGAAUCUGUAAAGUCAUUCAAAGGAGGAAAAGUCAAGAGAAGUAGAGUCAACAGUUUUCUAGAAAACGUGGGAGUAAAGCUCACAGAAAAGGAGCUUGAGACGCUAAUGGAAGACCUACCAUUUAGUGGUGAGUGCCGGAGUCACUUCUCAGCCUUUCAGUUGAGCUUUCUUUAUGAAAUUCAGGUGAUUAGUUUUUGCAAUGAGCAUCAUUGA